UUUUGAGCUCAUGCUGAAGCAACUGAAGGGGUUUAGCCCUAGGACACUGUCCUGGAGAAAUCAUCCAGUGAUAUCCUGGGGCUAGGAUGACCAACCUCCAACCACCACAGCAAUCUUCCUUUUGUGUGAGGUUUGUGACAUCCCAACGAGACCCAACCACUGACCCUCUGGUCCUGUGGCUGAACGGUGGUCCAGGGUGCAGCUCAUUGGACGGAUUCCUCUCUGAAAACGGACCUUUCCACGUGGACAGCGAUGGUAGCACCCUCUACAUUAACGAGUACAGCUGGAACAAGGUGGCCAACAUGCUGUACCUGGAGUCUCCGGCUGGGGUUGGCUUCUCCUAUUCCGACAGUGGAGACUACAUCACCAAUGAUAAGGAGGUCGCAGACAACAAUUACCUGGCCCUGCAGGAUUUCUUCAGGAAGUUCCCUGAAUUCGCAACGAAUGACUUCUACGUGUUCGGUGAAAGCUACGGUGGGGUGUACGCACCUACACUGAGCCUCAAGAUUGCAGAUGGUCCAGCCAAUAUUAACUUCAAGGGGUUUGGAGUUGGGAACGGAAUGAGCAGCCAGUAUUACAACGAUCAGUCACUUGUUUACUUCGCAUACUACCAUGGACUCAUCGGGGAUACGUUGUGGGCCAACCUGAAUACAUACUGCUGUGCAUAUGGACAAUGCAACUUCUACAGCAACAAUGACGUUUACUGCCAAGAAUCACUCUACAAAGUCUACCAGGUCAUCUACGAUGGUGGGCUCAAUUUGUAUUCGUUGUACAUGAAGUGCGCUGGGGGAAUACAGAAAAAUUUCGGACGAAUCCAGGCGGAAAUGAAGAACAUCUUCCAGUUUUACAAGUUUGACACAAAGAUGGCCGCAGACACAUCCAGGAACUUCGCUCCCCCGUGCAUCAAUGAUACAGCUCAGUGGACCUGGCUAAACCGCGCUGAUGUGAGAACAGCUCUGCAUAUCCCAGAAAACGUCCAGGGCUGGGAGCUCUGCAGUCAAACAAUCAGUCGAACCUACGGGCGCAUCUACACCACCAUGCACGACUUCUACCUGGCGCUGCUCAGCAAGGGGCUGCGUGUGCUGGUCUACAACGGGGACACUGACAUGGCCUGCAACUUCCUGGGCGGCAACUGGUUUGUGCGGGCACUGAAUCAGGUGAAAACGGUCGAUUACCAACCAUGGAUUUGCAAUAACCAGGUUGCUGGGUACUACGAGCAGUAUGAAAACCUCACCUUCCUGACUGUCAAGGGAGCUGGACACAUGGUACCACAAUGGGCACCAAGACGAGCCUUGCAGAUGUUCGAGUCCUACCUCUCCAACACUCCGUACUGAGGCAGCACCCACCGCGGUUCCCCAGCUCGCCGGCUUACUCGCCAACGGCCCGAUGAUUGGCCGCUUUUCUUGCUUCUCUUGCAACAAUGGGCUUCUUAAUCACAGUACACGAACCAAAGCAACGGGCACCAAGCUAAGCCAAGUCCGGGGGGCAAUACCUGGGCUCGGCGCAGAGACAGGAUCGGGCUGAUGUGCGCGACAUCAUGUUAACACUGAUAUGAAGAACUUGAAAGAGGUGGAAGGGCCCUUUCUCGGAUUGGCUCCUUUUGUACCUCCAGUCCUGGGAAGCUAGGGCUGGCUGAAUUAGAGGUUGUCCUGGGCUUGCUUUUAAUCAGCACAUGUAACUGGACCCAGGUAACGAAUUACAGCAGUAAUACAGUGCAGAUUAUACUGAAAGAUAGUGGAAGGUGAACUGCCACAGCUUCAAGCAACAUUCAUGAACCCUGCUCAAUAUCCAUGAGAUGAGAGGUCUCCCAGAGACAUGUUCACGGACACCUGGUUAACAUUGGGAUACAGGCAGUCUCCGGGUUAUGGCAGUUUGUAACCCGAACAGAGAACUGUUCAUAACCCAAACUGUUGGUAAGUCAGAGAUGAACAACAAGUGCGUGGGAGAGGGUCACAGAAACAGCGGUGACGGGACGUGGGGAGAGCAGCUGCCAGCCGGCUUCACUGACUCGGUGAGCGAGCGAGUGAGUCUGCUCAGCACUCCCUGGCUCUGCUUGGCUCCACCCGGCCCCCGAUUGUUGUGGGGUGUGGAGAGAAGGCAAGGAGAAAUGCCCCUUUCCCACCCGGCAGAAGACACCUGUGGCCCCACAGCAGAUGGAAAAUCCAUCCCCAUCCAUCCCACCGGUCUCCCAGUUGCUCGUCCAUGUGUACAAAUUGUCCAUAAGUCGGGCGCUUGUAACCUGGGGAGGACCUGUACAGUGUUGUCCAGAGCCAAUGUUAUCCAUCCAAAGCAAUCCUGUCCAGUAAACAGGGUAUGAAUAUGUCCUGGGGAUUGUUCCCCUUUUCCAGCCCAGACAAACCCAUUAGCCUAGUAUGGGGCCAGACCCCUACAAGGAACAUCCUCUGCCCACUCCUUGCACAGAAGGGUUUCCUUCUGCUCAGUUUGGUGGUGUUGCUGUUUCUAAGUACAAAUCCUGUUUUAGGAUUUGGCUGUUCUGCACUCAGGGAAUCACUGUCAAUCACUGGAAAUGCACAAACCAAUCAGUUCCUUGAAGGAGCUUCUUCCUUAAUGAUUUACUAUGAUGUUAAUGUGAUUUUCAAACAAAAGGCAAGGAGGCAACUGAACAAGUUCAACAACUUCACCGCCUCCAGAGAAUGAUGCUUGGCCCACAGUAUGGGACACGUCUUCCUUCUGGUGAACAAGAUCAGAGUUACAGGAGCACCGGGCAUGGCAGCAAACACACAGUUUGCAUUGACACAGUACCUUGUGUGGACCUGGUCUCCAAGACCUUUAACACUGCUUGACGUGGAAUUCUCUGCGCUGGUGGCUGUGCAGAAUGGGAAUGUGUUGCACCCUUUCAGUGCAUGUGCCUGGGGUCAAUGCUACAGGGUAUUCUGAAGUACAAUGAGC